AUGGAAUCUGAAGACGAAUUUUUGCAUACCUAUUUUACUCACAUUUCUCAAUUGUGUUAUGAAAAAGCUAAAGAGCAUGUGGAAAAAGAGAAAGAACCAAAAGGUGCCACCACACCAUGGAGUACUUUUCUCAACUAUCUGCAACAACUGGCUCUAGCUGAAAAGAGCUAUAUGGAAAUUGGUUUUUUACAAAAUAAGCAUAAAAGUUUUCUUCGCAAAGAUAAUUCUUUAAGGUCUGUGUAUGAAACAAUGAAAAAUGACCUAAAAAAAUUAGAAGAAAACUACAAACAAUGCACUGCUGAUAAUAGAAUAUACAAAGGAAGUAAAAAUAUUGUACAAUAUGUAAAUGCAAGAAUUAAUUUAAUAGACUUGUAUCCUUUAUUAAAAACAAACAUUGAUAUUAUAUAA